AAGCGUUUUGUAGAGAACUGGUUGCAAGCAAGUAAUGCAUUUGAUCGCGAUGACCUUGCAGCUUUAGUAGAUGCGCUAGACUGCUUAAAGAAGGACGCUCAGCAGAAAUUGUCCAUGAAAGAAGCCACCAAAGCAGGCAUACAAUCCAAUAAACGGCUUGUAAGCACAGGCGGCGCUAACCAAGGGGUGCGGAGGUCUUCCCGUCGCAUUGCAUCCGCUCCUCGGCUUGCUUCAGCAGCUUCACUUUUCGUCAAUGAACACGAGGCAGAGUCUGAGUCUAGUGACGAAAACAAUGGAGCAUCUCCAGAAACAUCUGCCGAAACAAGCUCCGUUGAACAUGCCACGAUGGUUGCAGCUGUGGGAACCUCGUUUGAGAAUGCGUCUUCUUUAGGCGAAAGUCCGAUACCAAACCUUCAUAGGGCCGAGCUAGUGGAAGCGGGACACACUUUUGAGCCAGGAACAUCACCUUCUAUGCUCUGUGCAGCAGCCGUCGUCAAUCACCAAUAUGAGCACACAGCUUCUCAAUCAGCGCCAGCGCUCAGUCUAUCUAAUGCACAACCAUAUCAAUCUCCCUUCAACACAACUUACGGGGUGGUAGAAGAAUUGAGUCACAGCCAACAACAGGCUGGGAUCGAACCUCCACCUCGUGCUUCUUCCAAUGGGCUACAUCAAGGCCUGGCAGAGCAAGACGCGUCGAUCUCGCAGGCACGUGAAAUGCAUCUCCAAGUUGACGACGAAGAGGAACUUGGAAUGCACGAUGCAGCCAGCCCACAGUUCUUCAAUGAUGCGUUUGAAGACUUGUUUGGAAGCUCCUUACAGAAUGAGUCGGAGAUGAACUUUACAGACACUUCGGUGGGCUACAUUGACGAGCAACAUGCGGCUGACCAGCAUCACACACAAAGCUUCGCUCAGGAUCCGAUAUUUCAAAGCUAUCUGGAUUUUGCCUGUCGCUCAAACUUCCAACUUCCACACGAAACGUCAGAACAUACAGACCAGGUAGAAGUUCGAGAGCUCCUUUCGCCUCUGGUAGAAGGGACACCCCUUACAUCGAAGCUUCUCCACGGCUUGAUCUACUUAUUGGUUCCCGGUCCGCUUCGUGUACUAGAGCUUGACUCCGGAGUAUGUGAUGAAGAACUUUUACCAAAUGAGAGCUUAGUUGACAACUUUGCAUUAAUUUUCUCUCAAAGCACGAAUGGUCUCUCCCUGCUAGUGUUAGGAGAUGCCGAGAAAAAGACCAAACUAGCAGCCUCUCAGCAAGUUGACACUAGAUCAGUUAUGGCGCAUACAGAGAUACAAGCACAAGAGAACGAUAUUUUUGUAGCCAAUCUCGAAGGCUUUGAUUCCGACGCGCUGCAUAAAGUGCUCCGUCAGCGACCUGCUGAGAUCCCCCGUGGGCGUUGUCUAAGAAUCCUACAAUGUGUACACGAGAUAGGUUGUCCCUACAUUCUCGAAUCCCUCAAACUAGCUUUUACCCAAAAACACGAGGGUCAUCCACAGGAAGCCGUACAACAACCUAUCGUUGAGAAGCUUUUUCACAUUCACCUUUAUUUGGAUCGUCAGGAGACUCAGAACCACCUUCUCGUUGCCAGGAGUCGAUAUGUAAAAUAUUGUUACUUCGAAACAUAUCUUCUAGCUGUUGAAGCACUUCGUAAAGAGAAGCGCGAUGGCACCCGAGAAAACAAGAAGAUAUCAGCUCUGAAACAAACGACUAGCUUCAAGCUAGGCCUCUGUAACGAACUACCUCCCACGCCACAUAGUGACGAGAUUCAUCGUAUAUACGAAGAUUUCAGCCCCGUAGAAAAGAAACGAAGGGCUGAGGAUAUGGUUAAAAACGAGAUUUCUAAGAAGGUGGCGAAGGUUUACAGGGUCGAGGAGAAGUGCAUUCGACGUGAUAUCAAUAGGUACAUUAGGGAAGGGAGAGUGCUACACUACAUCUUGCAAGGAGGAGUAGUUUUGAAUCCAAGCUUACUUCUUCUGUUUCCAAGUUUUGGGACCAGCCCGCCUUCUUUAAGUACAGCUAGGCUCGGAAUUGAGCUAAAAGAGGCUGAGGAAAAGAGUCUGAACAAACCUAUCGAGGCAAUUUGGUUCGGUAAAGUUCUACAGGCUAGGCCAGGGCUACUAGAGGUGGUACCAAAAACAAUCCUAGAUCUAAUUUCUGAUAGCCCUACCGAAGCUCUGGAUCUUCACGAGCUAGACGCGAAUCGUUUCAGAGAUAGGCCUCUUAGUUUCUUUAUGAAACCCGAUUCUGUCAGCCGUGAGGCUAACCAGGACAUGUGGUCUUGCUUGGGUGCUAUAAAAAUCAACCAGGCGAACUUGCUUGUGUUCUGGGAAAGCUCGUGGCAUUCGGCACCAGAAUACCAUGCACUUAGUGCAAGUGGACACAAAGGAUGGCUUGUUCAUGCCCGAAGCGAUGACAUGCUACUCAUUGCUUGGGAGCCUACUAUCGAAAAGAGAUCGUCUCAACGCUCGCCUCUCAGUCUUCUGUACGAACCUGCCGUGGAAAUUCGAAAGAACCGACCUGGCCUUCUCGGAUUCGUUGCGACCAAAACUAUACUUGACGCUUCAAGGUCAGGGAAACGCCAUCUUGCUUUCUUAGCCUAUUGGAGGGUCACCCCUACAACGAAGGAGCACUUUUUGCAUCUUGAAAAAACAUUUUCCACCCACAGAGGUCAUAUUGUACACGAAGAGGGUGACAGAGUUUGGGUCCAAUGGGAACCUACAUGGGUACUCUACAAAGAUCUAGACGGGAAAAAGCAAACGCAGCUCCUACGGUUGUCUCGUGAUCCUGAAAAACUGCUACGUUACUUCCACAAAGCAGUGGUUGCUUAUUCUACACUCCCCAUGGUUGAGAAGCGGAUCAGAUAG